CGGCAGAGAGAUAACGGACAAACACUCAGCGAGAGCUCCGCGGCGAGGGCAAGGGUUCACUGUUCGGGUAAAGGUUUCUCUGUCCUAAAUAAAGUAAUGAGGUAGAAAGUCAAAAGGUUAACCAACCCAACCGGCUAUGGAACAGAUUGGCACGGCUACGGUGAAGAUGGACCAGAAGUUUGAGGAGAUAGAUUCAGAGGGCCGGUGGCAGAAACUCUACUCAGAAAUCAGGAACCAGUCCCACGAGUGUUCCUACAAAGUGGCAAAGUAUCCGGAGAAUCGCAACAGAAACAGAUAUCGGGAUGUCAGUCCAUUCGAUCACAGUCGGGUGAAGCUGAAGAACACAGAGAAUGACUACAUCAAUGCAAGUCUGGUAGUGAAUGAGGAAGCCCAGAGGAGUUACAUCCUGACUCAGGGCCCCCUCAGGAACACCUGUGGUCACUUUUGGCUCAUGAUCUGGGAGCAAAAGACCAAAGCAGUCAUCAUGCUCAACAGAGUCAUAGAGAAAGGCUCGGAAAAGUGUGCCCAGUACUGGCCCACAGCAGAGGAAAGGGAGAUGGCCUUCAGAGACACACGCUUCUUGGUCACACUGCUGUCAGAAGACACCAAGUCUUACUACACCACCAGAAGGCUGGAGCUGCAGAACAUUCAAACAGGGGAGAAGAGGGAGCUCUACCACUUUCAUUACACGACGUGGCCCGAUUUUGGUGUCCCCGAGUCCCCGGCUUCCUUCCUAAACUUCCUCUUUAAGGUGCGGGAAUCUGGAGCACUGGGCACAGAUCAAGGACCAGCUGUGGUGCACUGUAGCGCUGGAAUCGGACGCUCAGGGACGUUUUCACUAGUUGACACAUGCCUGGUCCUGAUGGACAAGAGGAAAGACCCCUCAUCAGUAGACAUCAAAAGCAUCCUGCUGAACAUGAGGAAAUACCGAAUGGGCCUGAUCCAGACUCCUGAUCAGCUGCGAUUCUCAUACAUGGCUGUCCUUGAAGGGGCAAAGUUUAUCAUGGGAGACUCAUCUGUACAGGUAGCUGUUCCAGACAGGAAUACAAAAAAACUGGGGGCUUACUUUGUGAAUUAGUCAAAGAGAGAUGGUGGAAUAUUUGGGGAUGGAAAAGCCAGACUGACAACUUGAGAUCUGAAGGCUCAAGCAAAGUAUUAUAAUAAAGCCCAGU